CCACAUGACAUGCAGCGCAAUGAGCUCUCAUGCAAAUAUAUGUUUAGCCCUCGUCAAACCCCGCAGAUAAGUGACCUGGUCUCUUUUACAAUCGACUUCUUCUCUUUGAUGCUGUAAAAUUAUAUGUCCUUAUUGCUUCUUCUUUCAAUUUUCUUGGGGCGAAUUUCAAAUAAACAUCCAACAUGGGGUUCAUGGCCAAUCUGCUGACCCUGCGCUCUAUCCCAUCAAUUGCCUUUGUUUCAGUCGUGUUUCUCGCAUUGUACAAAUAUAUCAUAUACCCGCUCUUUCUUUCCCCUCUAUCUAAACUUCCAAAUGCGCAUCCCACUGCUCCCAUAUCUCCUGCAUGGAUACUCUACUGCCGUUGGAGCGGCCGAGAAAACCGCUCCAUUCAAGCAGCACACGCCAAAUAUGGCCCGGUUGUAAGACUAGGACCCAACGAAAUCAGCGUCAACUCUGUCGAAGAUGGAAUUCGGCCUGUGUAUUCUGGUGGUUUUGAGAAGCACGCAUGGUAUCCCAAUGUCUUCAGUAAUUACUCAAAACGAAACAUGUUUGCUAUGAUGGAAAGCAAACCGCAUUCGAAUCGCAAACGAAUGCUUUCCAAUAUCUAUGCGAAAUCGACACUCUCAAACUCUACGCAUUUACAUGCUCUCUCAGAAAUUCUACUUUACGAGCGUUUCUUUCCCAUAUUCCAGAACCUAGCCGCCAAUUCUACGCCUGUUGAUAUGUUUGAUUUGCUCAAUGGCGUAACCAUGGAUUUCAUUACCGGCUACCUCUUUGGACUAUCGGCGUCAACAAAUUUUAUGCAGAAUCCAGACAAGAGACACCGAUGCAUGGAAAUGUUUCACCAUCGCGGAACAAACCUCUUCUGGCCGCAGGAAUUACCAAAGUUUACCCGGUUCCUUGGCCGCCUAGGAAUACACAUGCAGAAUCAGAAGACCUUGCGCAUGGCAAACAGGGAAAUCGAGCAGUUUAAUAUCGACAUGUGCGAUGCCGCAGACCGAGCUCUGGAGAGUAACAAGCAGGAUAUAGAGAAAUCAGCUGCCGAUGAACCAGUGGUCUAUGCCCAAUUGAAGACGGCCAUGUCCAAGCAGCGCAUCAAAGAGUCAGGAGAAUUGACGGAAAAGGAUUUCGCUGAUCAAAGGCUUCAAAUCGCUAGCGAAUUGCUUGAUCAUCUUGCCGCCGGCCACGAAACCUCCGCUAUAGCACUCACAUACACCAUGUGGGAGCUCUCCCAGCGGCCGGCGCUGCAAUCGAAGCUGCGCGCCGAACUUUUGACUCUUUCCCCUAACCUCGUUCUUUCUCAUCCUUCCGACCCGUCACAUCCCCCUUCCCCCUCCUCAUCUUCGUCUUCACCUGCGCGACCAAUCCCGUCUUUUAAAGAUCUCGACACCCUUCCCCUCUUGCACGCCAUACUAUACGAGACGCUGCGCCUUCACCCCUCCAUCCCGGGGCCCCAACCCCGAGUCACCCCUCCCAGUGGCACCAGCCUCGGCGGCUACGCGGCCAUCCCAGGUGGCGUCCGGGUCAGCGCCCAGCCCUACUCGCUGCACAGAUGCGAGAAUGUCUUUCCCGAACCAGAGAAAUGGUUGCCUGAGCGGUGGAUGGAAGCGCCGGACUUUGAGCGAAGCGAGAAGAAAGGAAUUGAGGAGGAUGGCGACGAGGAGGCCGGCGAAAAGGUCUCGAUUCGCGAAAAAGAAAAAUAUUUCUGGGCAUUUGGCUCCGGCGGGCGAAUGUGCGUGGGGUCCAACUUUGCGAUUCAUGAAAUGAAGCUCGUUCUCGCCAGCGUUUACUCAAACUACACCACGACAAUUGUGGAUGAUACAGGCAUCGAGCAAGGGGAUGGGUAUACCACUGGUCCUGUGGGCGGGAAGUUGGUAUUGAAGUUUGAUGCUGUUGUGUGAUCAUAAUCUCAGAUUAUAUGUAUUAUUAUAGUAACUUUGAAAUGUAUUCAUUAAAUUGGAUGG